GGGGAGGAACCGACCCAGGCAGCCGAGGUGGAGGCCUACCAGCGGGAGCUGGAAGAGAGCUACCAGGAGCAGCAGCGCCUGGCUGGGGCAGAGAGGGGGGCCCUGCUGGCGCGGCUGGCCGACCGCAUCGCCCAGGGCCGAGCCCGCCGCAGAGAGCAGCGCGGGGAGACACCAGACACGGUGGAGGAUUCGGGGCUCCUGGAUUCGCCCUUUGUCCUGCCCCGCGGCUCCAUGAUGGUCCAGCUGCCCACGGCGCGGCAGCGCCCAGGGCGGGUCGAGCAGGUGGACUGGACCUCACCCUCCCCGGACUGGCCUCACGCCGGCCGCCCAGCCCAUGAGGCCCGGUACCGCGUCUUCCGUGAGCUGUGGGGCAGGGGCUACUACCUGUCCGGAGGGAGCAAGUUUGGGGGAGACUUCCUUGUGUACCCAGGCGACCCCCUGCGGUUCCAUGCCCACUACAUUGCGCUGUGCUGCCCCCCGGGAGCCCCUCUCCCGCUCCGCGCCCUGGUGGCUGCCGCCCGCCUGGGCACCAGCGUCAAGAAGACCCUGCUGCUCUGCUCGCCGGUCGCGGAUGGUGCCCUCGCCUUCACCUCCCUGCAAUGGAGCGGAUUGCAGUGACCCCCGCGGGGGACAGCCGGGAACUGGGGGGCACAAUCCACUCCCAGCCAGGCACUGAGUACCCCUCCCCCCGGGGCAGGAGGGGACGUUGCUGGGGGUGUCUGCCGGCCCUGGGGCCGAGCGGGGAACAAGGCAGCGGCAGAACUGGAGGGGUGGGGGAGCCCAGGGCUGCACCUCGGGAGUGAGGGGCACUAGCAGAGCCGGGGAGGGGCGGGACAGGGCACAGAUAAGGAGGGGCUCUGGUUCCGGAGGGCACAGUCCAAGCUGGGAGGUGGCUCCCCCCCCCAGACUGACCAGACUCCAGUAGGUUAUGAACUUUUUUUCUUUAAUUAAAACUGAACUUGCCAGAAAA